AUGGUGGCCAUGAACCCCCGAGCCACCUUCGAGGCAUGCCCCAGGAUUGGGGGUCUGUGUGGGCCCAUGGGGCCGCUCUCUGGGGGAUUCCGUGCUGGAUCCGCUGGGCCCCCAGCGUCCCCGAGCUACCUGUCACGUCCCCAGGCUGCCGUGUCACACCUGGGUUCGCUGUGCCACCUGGCUACCGGCCAUACCUCUGCUGCUCUGGGGGGCUCCAAGACGAGUCUGCUGGCAGCUCUGCCCCAGAGUUCUUCGCAGCGCCUGGCUGCUGUGCUGCUCCUCCCAGCCUUGGGGGGAGGGAAAAUUAAGGAAUGUGCUGCAGAAGUAGUAACUCCAAGACGGGCAAAAUUAAGUACACUGCCUACUGUUCCAAUUUCUUCAUGUGGCCUGAGUCCCAAAUUCAGAGCCACUUCAUGGACAGUACCAAGACUCAAAGAGGGAACCCCAGCAAGUGCAUCUGAAACCCUACCUUGGCAGGUCAGCAUCCAAACCAAAGGCAAGCAUAUCUGCAGAGGGGCAAUUCUGAGCAGCUGGUGGAUCCUGUCUGCAGCUCACUGCUUCAUGGAGGACCUUUCUUCAGAACUCCCCAUAGUGGUCCGCUUGCAUGGGGAGCCUUCAGAGAAAAAGAAGUUGGACAGGGUGAUCAUCCAUGAAGACUUCAAUAGUACAAGUCUGAGAAGCAACAUUGCUUUGAUCUUGUUGGAUUCUCCCAUCAGCUUCAGUGAAAAAACGACACCAAUUUGCUUGCCCUUGUUGCAGGACCUCAGCAUAUGGCAAGACUGCUGGGUUGCCACAUGGAAGACCAAAAUGGCUGAUGAUGAUCAUGAUUUGAAAUUAACCAACAUAUUAACGAAGGUAGAAGUGACCCUAAUUGACAGAGACGUAUGUUCCAAGGAAAUCCAGGGGCUGACCAGGAACGUCUUGUGUGCUAUUUCUGAGGAAGGCAUGGAGGAGACCUGCAAGGUUGAAAGUGGGAGUCCCCUGGUCUGUGAUUCUGGAAGCAACAUGAAAUGGUUUGUGGUUGGCAUAGCAAGCUGGGGGAGUAACUGUGACCAAGAGGCAAGCCCCACAGUCUACACUGUAGUCUUCAGCUAUCUUGACUGGAUUCAAAAGGCAACAGCUCAAGAAGGAAAACCGUUUAUUCCUGAAGGAGUGGAUGACAUUGGACCUUACACUCAAGUCUUUAUUCCCGAUUCUGUUUGUGUUUCUCCCCUCCUUUCAACAGCCUGCGCAAUUGCUCCAGUUUUGCUACUGAUGGAUCCAGUUUAUACUGAACUCCUUUUUAUUAUAAAAUUUUGAUAUUGUAUAUUGGUCUGUCCCCAACCUAGCACCUUCUAAAUGUGUUGGACAAAGAUUCCCAUUUUGGCAGAAGGA